GGCGGGACGCCUCAUCCUCACCGAGGCAACGGGCGGACGGCGGUGGGUGCGCGCGAGGCUGACGGUUGCGGCGGGAUGAUUCCUCAGCAGAGUUUGUUUUGGAAGCAUGGAAGCAUGUUCUUUUCCAGUAGAAGAUGGUGAUCGUUGUGUAUGAUCAUGGAGAAGGGGAUAAGUUCAAUAGAAGUGAUACCUUCCAAAUCGUCUCAGGUUACCGCUGUAAAAGUGCUGGUCAAAGAGCCCGAAACGAAGCAAACCCAAAGAGGGAAACGAGUGGGAUUUGUGCUUGUUCAUGCAGGUGCAGGUUACCAUUCUGAAUCCAAAGCUAAAGAAUACAAGCAUGUGUGCAAAAGAGCCUGUCAGAAGGCAAUUGAAAAGCUACAGGCUGGUGCUCUUGCAACAGAUGCAGUGACUGCAGCACUUAUAGAAUUAGAGGAUUCUCCUUUUACAAAUGCAGGAAUGGGAUCUAACCUAAACCUUCUGGGUGAGAUAGAAUGUGAUGCCAGUAUAAUGGAUGGAAAGUCAUUAAAUUUUGGAGCAGUUGGAGCACUGAGUGGAAUCAAGAAUCCAGUUUCAGUUGCAAAUAGAUUAUUGUGUGAAGGGCAGAAAGGAAAACUCUCUGCUGGCAGAAUUCCACCUUGCUUUUUAGUUGGUGAAGGAGCUUACAGAUGGGCAGUUGAUCACGGGAUACCAGCAUGUCCUCCAGGUAUCAUGGCUACAAGAUUUAGUUUAGCAGCUUUUAAGAGGAACAAGAGGAAGCUGGAGUUGGCCGAGAAGGUGGAAACAGAUCUCAUUCAACUAAAGAAAAGAAGACAAUCAUAUGAAAAGGAGAAUGACUCAGGAACGUUGGAUACAGUUGGUGCCGUCGUCGUUGACCAAGAAGGAAAUGUUGCUGCUGCUGUCUCCAGUGGAGGUUUAGCGUUAAAGCAUCCUGGGAGAGUUGGUCAGGCAGCUCUUUAUGGUUGUGGCUGCUGGGCUGAAAAUACAGGAGCUCGUAACCCUUACUCCACAGCUGUGAGUACUUCAGGUUGUGGAGAGCACCUUGUACGAACCAUACUGGCCAGAGAAUGUUCAUGUGCUUUGCAAACGGAAGAUGCCCAUCAAGCCCUUCUAGAGACUAUGCAAAACAAAUUUAUUGGUUCGCCUUUUCUAGCCAAUGAAGAUGGUGUCCUCGGAGGUGUGAUAGUUCUUCGGUCUUGCAGAUGUGCAGCAGAGUCUGACUCCUCACAAGAAAAGCCAACUUUACUAGUGGAAUUCCUGUGGAGCCAUACAACAGAGAGCAUGUGCGUAGGAUAUAUGUCUGCACAGGAUGGCAAAGCUAAGACUCACAUUUCAAGACUUCCCCCCGGGGCCGUGGCGGGACAGUCCGUGGCCAUAGAAGGAGGAGUUUGCCGCCUGGAAAGCCCCGAGAGCCGAACAGCUGAUUCCUCGCUUCAUUGUAGAGAAUGUGAAUGACUUUUUUUUU